UAAUCUUACAAAUGCUUUUGUCGUAUAUGAAAUGAGAAGUUGACUGACGCGUACUAAUUAUUUUACUUAGAUUUUUCUUUGAAAUGUCUUUUAGUUUUGUAACUAUUUAAAUAAAUGUUUAAAAAUAUUUAUUUCUUCGUGUACAUACCUGAGAGGUAAUAAUAUGACGGCCAAUAUCUUAUAUGUGUGCAAUAUUUCUUUAUAGAAUGGGACACCAGUAAGACAAUUACUUUACAUUCUACUCUUUGUUCCCUUUACUUCUUGAUUGCAAACGUUCCUAACAAUGGGCUUACUCAUUUCGAAGAUUUGGAGCUUGUUCGGCAAUGAAGAACACAAACUCGUCCUGGUCGGCCUAGACAAUGCUGGUAAAACAACGAUUUUGUAUCAAUUGUUACUUGGUGAGGCUGUGCACACAAGACCUACAAUUGGAUCCAAUGUGGAGGAGGUUGUUUGGAGAAAUCUUCGAUUUGUUAUGUGGGAUCUUGGUGGGCAACAAAGUUUACGAUCAGCCUGGAAUACAUAUUAUACUAACAGUGAGUUCGUGAUAAUGGUGAUUGACUCGACCGACCGUCAAAGACUAACAAUAAGUAGAGACGAACUUCACUGUAUGUUAACGCACGAAGAACUCAGUAAAGCCUGCCUCCUUGUUUUUGCUAACAAACAGGAUGUAAAAGGCUCGAUGACAGCUGCUGAAAUAUCGGAACAAUUGGAUCUAACUUCAAUCAAACAGCACCCGUGGCACAUACAGGCGUGCUGUGCUCUAACCGGUGAAGGAUUGCAUUUGGGUUUGGAGUGGAUUGCCAGCAGAAUAAAGAAGAAAUGACAUGAUGCCGACGUGUGAGAGUACAAUUAGAAGACAUUGUUGAUGUUACUCUAUUUUGGCGACGAAGUAUAUUUUUAAUAAAUAAUAAUAUUUACUUUAUAAUUUGUAAAUGCAAUUUAAAUUCAGUAUAAUAGUUUUAAUAUACAUUAAGAUGUGAAAAAUUAUAAGAGUUUACGAUGUUUUUAGAUGAAUGGGAUUUAAUAAAAC